AUGCCCUUCGGGGUGCUCUUGUCGAAUUUGCAAGUCGUCAGCAGUAUGUUCGCUGUCCCUCUUUCAAGAUAUGUUGUUGCUACCCUUGCUGGCAUCGUAGGUGUCAUGUUUGCAGCGUAUUGCAUUUAUUUCGACAAUAAGAGGCGAAGCGAUCCUGAUUUUAAGCGGAAGCUACGCGAAAGUACUACUUUGCUCUUAGAGAGCAAUUCAAAAACAACAGCAGAAGACGAAGAGAAAUCCCGCUGCUGUAAGGCUUUUGGCGCGCUUAUGUUUCUGACGAGAUGGUGUAAAAUUUUGUUGCUUCAGAUCCCGAAUUUCGCGGACCCCAACGAUCUUCAGGCGUUUUUCUUACAAGAGGUACAACUUGGCGAAGAACUCCUGGCAGAAGGUGAUUCGGAAUCGGCGGUUGAUCACCUCGCUAACGCUGUUACACUUUGUGGACAGCCCCAGCAUCUGUUGACGGUGCUGCAUUCUUCGCUGCCUCCGCCGAUUUUUGCACUUUUAGAGGAACGUUUACCGGACGCAGCAAAGGUUAGUAAUGGAAUUAUAUACUCAUGAAU